UAAAAACUCCUGCAAAACACCCGGUUUGUGCGGCGCAUCCAAAGACCCACAUGAAUUCUUGUAAACCCUCCCAACAAAACAUCAAAACUACACACACUUGCAAUAAAUCCUUCUUCUUUUCUUUAUACCCCUGCUGCUGCUGCUCUAUUUCAAAUUGUUUCACCAGACCAGAUAGAUUAAUCCAACCCCAGUUGUCAACGGCUGACUCCAAAAGAUUUCUUGAAUCUUUCAACGCGGUUUCAUUGGCAGAUUAUCAUACCCUUCUUCUUGUUGCAAUUAAAUCCACACCACUCUGAAAGUUUCGGCCUUUAUCAUGGAUUCGGCUUCACCGUCCUCUGUUUCACCUACAAAACAGGAGGAUGAUCAUGUGACAUCCAUAACCGAGGAACACGAGACAACUUGUUGGGGAUGUGGAUUGCGGCUAAUUAUUUCACCUUAUGCACCCAUUUUCAAGUGCGGUUGGUGUGGGGCCAUCACUAACCACAAUGCCCGUAAAUACGAUAACAAGUACUUUUGGUUAAGACGUUUGCGAGACCGAUGCUUUGUCGUUAUUCUCUUGCUAUUUAUGCUUUUCAUUAUAGGUAGUGGUGUUUGGGCUAUAUAUCCGACUAUCUUUUCAACGGGUUAUUUUUACGGUAUAUUUCAUAUGACUGUCACGGGUAUUUUGUCAAUAGCCACGCUUUCAACUUAUGUUCUUGCUUCAUCUCGGUCACCUGGUGCACCACCGCGUAUAUAUUGGGGCAGCUACCCAGCCAUGGGUAGAAAUGGACUCAUGGAUUACACCUUUUGUAAUGUGUGUUCAAACCCGAAGUCACCUAACACUCAUCAUUGCCGGUCAUGUGGGAUGUGUGUAUUGGACAUGGAUCAUCAUUGCCCAUUUAUUGGUAAUUGUGUGGGUGCUGGAAAUCAUAGAAGCUUCAUUCUCUUCCUCAUGUCAGCAGUCACCAGUACUUUCUACGUUUCAAUCAUAUCUGCAAACAUACUAUAUCAAAUCUGGCCACCAUUACGACACAUUCCUUCAGUUACAUUGACUUGGUCAACCAUCUUCACAUACCUCGCAGAAAGUGCACUCCCUUUCCUCAUAUCCGUAGAGUCUCUAUCGAUCAGAGGUUUUUUACUGAUUUACCUUUUCUUCGCAAGCGUUUCUGUAGAAAUCGGUUUGGCGGUGCUUUUAUGGCAGCAAAUUUGCUUUAUAUACGAAGGGAAGACGUAUUUAAGUUCUCUAAGUUCAAAUUCAAAUGGAAAUGAUGAAGUUGAGGAAAAAGAUUGCCAAAAUAUUGUUAGGUUUUUUGGUUGUUCUAACCCUGCAACAAGAUAUUUGCUUAGUUUCUGGAAUUUUAAGAAAAGCCACAAGAAGUGAAUGUAGAGGAGUGUGACAUUUUUGUUUUAUGUUGUUGGACUAAAAGGUGAUUGUAUACUAGAGAUAUCAGUAACUGUAUGAUUUUUGUAUCAUUUCAGUGUUUUAUAGUUUAUAUACAUCAUUUAUGAUU